AUGCUUGAAAUCAAUCCGUUGUCAAUUGACUCAGAACUUUGGUUAAUGGCUGAGCAUAGAAUCUAUGAGAUACUGUCUUGCAUUCAACCUGCUUCGGCUUCUGAGAAGAAAAGGGAGGAGGUUAUUUCAUACAUUUCGAGGUUAAUUAAAGCUCAUUAUAGUUGUGAGGUUUUUGCAUUUGGAUCGGUACCCUUGAAAACCUAUCUUCCAGAUGGAGACAUUGAUUUGACUGUACUCACCCACCAGAGUAUAGAGGAAGGAUUGGCUAAGGGUAUUUCUGAUAUCCUUCAAGGUCAUGAGCACGACCCAAUGUUUGAUGUGAAGAGUGUACAAUAUAUAGAAGCACAGGUCAAGAUCUUAAAAUGUUUGGUCAAUGACAUCUCUGUGGAUAUCUCUUUCAAUCAAAUGGCAGGCCUUUCUGCUCUCUGCUUUCUGGAGUUGGCUGACCAAAUUAUGGGGAAAGAUCACCUUUUGAAGCGGAGUAUUAUCUUGAUAAAAACCUGGUGCUUUUACGAAAGCAGAAUCCUUGGUGCAUACCAUGGAUUGAUCUCGACAUAUGCUUUGGAAAUGUUGGUCCUGCAUAUAUUUAACAUAUUCCAUUCAUCCCUAAAUGGUCCUUUAGCAGUGCUGUACAAAUUUUUGGACUACUAUAGUUCUUUUGACUGGGACAAUCAUGGUGUCUGCAUAAAUGGCGUAAUUAAAAUAUCUUCUCUUCCAGAUAUAGUGGUGGAGCUACCUGUUGAGAAUGGAAGUCGAUUGUUGCUUGAGCCUGACUUUUACAACUAUUGCAAGGAGACAUUUGCUGUUCCUGUUAAUGAACUUGACAGUGGGAGGCAUGAAUUUGUUGUUAAGCACAUCAACAUCAUGGACCCGUUAAGUUAUAGCAACAAUUUGGGGCGAAGUGUUAGUCGAGGCAAUUUCCACCGGAUAAAAUGUGCCCUUUCCUAUGGGGCUCAGAUGCUUCGAGGAGUCCUCAACGGACCAGGAGAAUAUAUAGGCAAGGGGUUGGAGAAAUUUUUUACCAACACUCUAGGCAGGAAUGGGACAGGACAAAGAGCUGAUGCUAACAGACCCGUGCCUGCAUUUGGUACUGGAAGAAGUGACGCAUGUGAUCUCAGUGGAGACUAUGACAGAUGCCAUAGUGGUUUGCUGCAGGGCCAGUGGUAUCACAGUUAUAGACUACCUGAUCAUUUCCAUAACAUCCCUUCAAAGAAGAGUAACAUAUUUUCUUGGACUGGGCAAAAUGGUCAUCCUCAGAAAGGCACAAAGGCAUUCUUGCAACGAGGGCUGCCAGGGCUAUGUCCUUGCCCUUCAAAACGUUGUACUACUGACAUUGAUGGGUUAGGAAAUUUAAGAGGUACAGGAACAUACAUCCCUGAUAUGGUAAGUCUAGAUACUCUCACUUUUUACAAUACAGUAGCACAAAAUACCCACCUUAUCUAUUUUAGUCAAACAUUUAAACUCGGUUGUUGCAGGAUCGUUAUAAAGAAAUAUGGUCCAGGAUGA